AUGGCACUCGGAAGUGGCAGCGCUGUUGUCCUUGACAUUGGAUCAGAUUCCUGUAAAGUUGGCUUUGCCGGGGACCACGAACCAAAGGCGGUCAUCUCCACGGUUGUCGGUCGGCAAGCCCAGCAGCAGGUGUCUGUGGGCGGAGCCUCCAAGAACUAUUUUGGUCAAGAUGCCCUGAACUCAGAGUCUACUCACGCCCUGUCCUAUCCGGUGCAGAGAGGCGUGGUCACUGACUGGGACAGCAUGGAGAUUCUAUUGGACCACAUUUUCCAGAGUAAACUCUCAAUCAAGUCACAGGAGCGCCCAGUUCUAGUAACAGAGACGCCCAAAAACCCAACCGAGAACAAAGAGAAAUUGGCUGAAGUUUUGUUUGAGAAAUUUCAAGUUCCAGGAUUUUUUUCUUCAUGUCAGGCAGUGUUGUGUUUAUACUGUGCUGGAAGGACCACAGGCCUGGUACUGGACAUCGGGUCAGGGGUCACUACUGCGGUACCAGUGUAUGAAGGGUACAGUCUCCCUGAGGCCGUAUUGAGGAUGAACGUUGCUGGCCAAGACAUCACUGAGUACCUUACAAAAAUAUUAUCAGAUCGCGGUCAUCACUUCAACACCGCCCUGGACAAGAUUCACGUGAGGAACAUCAAGGAGAAGCUGUGCUAUGUGUCACUAGACGGCACCAAAGAGACGCAGCAACCACCCGCACAAACCACAACUUCAGCGUCCAACUAUCAACUGCCGGAUGGCAAGGUUAUUUCCCUUGCUGACGAAAGAUUUCAGUGUACGGAGAUGCUCUUCCAGCCAGACAAAUUUGGAUUCUCCGAGAAGACGGGAGUUCAUCAAAUGAUUAACAGCGCCAUUUCCGCUUGCGAGCUCGAUACCCGGAAGAGUUUGUAUAAUAAUGUGAUUCUUAGCGGAGGGAGUACACAGUUUGAGGGAUUGGUGAAUAGACUCAAGCAAGAGCUGAAACCGUUUGGCGCAUUGGGCGCCGAGGCCAGAAUAUCUGCCCCCAAGGAUCGCAUCUUGUCUGCCUGGUCAGGUGGCUCUGUUCUUGCCUCUCUGUCUUCCUUUGAGAGUAACUGGAUCAGCAAGAAGGAGUAUGAAGACUCCGGGCGUCAAGUUGUCCACACCCGAUGCUUCUAG